GUUUAAAGUGGGACUUCCCAGAAUGACUGGUUCAGGAAACACAGACAGUGAAAGUGAAAGAAGUCGAGGAAUAAAAGCUCCUCCUGCAGCCAGACGGACGACAGAACAGAAACUUCUGCUUCAGGUCCCUGCAGACGGUCAACCAGCAACAAUGAGUUUUGGAGAUAUUAGUAAAGUUGAAACUAGUGGUGCUUCCACUGAGACGUCUCGCCAGGAUAGGCUGAGCUACUCAGGUGUGAGGGCAUCAGAAGAAAUGGCACGAAUGGAUCUGGGAAGAAUGAACAAUUACAAAUCAGCAAUCAGAAAAGUGGGAAAUGAUUUGGGUGUCGAUCCUGCCCUGAUUGCUGGCAUCAUCUCCAGGGAAUCCAGAGCAGGAAACGCCCUGGAUGAUGGUUGGGGGGACCACGGCAAUGGCUGGGGUCUCAUGCAGGUGGAUAAAAGACAUCACACGAUAGUCGGAGCCUGGAACAGCGAGGAGCAUCUCCGCCAGGGAACAGGGAUCCUGGUGAACUUCAUUAAAACCAUUCAGAGGAAGUUCCCUGGAUGGAGCAAAGAGCAGCAGCUGAAAGGAGGGAUAGCGGCCUACAACUUUGGGGAUCGGAACGUCCAAACGUAUGAAAGGGUGGACGUCGGCACGACAGGUGGAGACUACUCCAACGAUGUUGUCGCCAGAGCCCAGUUUUACAAAAAAAAUGAUUUCUAAAGUCUGUCACUGAAAAAAACAGAAAUACCAGUUUGAAUCCUGCAAAAAAUAAAUAAACAUAUAAAGAUGAGAUGUAAUGAAAAGCUUAAGGAGAAACGUUACGGUUUGCUGUUUUCUGUCAGCUUUCAUUCAUGUUUUGUAUAAAAAGUCUCAAACAGGCUCAAAAAAUAAUAAAAGUUGAAAUAAUA